AAUUUUGCAACUUGCUAAAAUGAGACAUGGUAAAGGUUUGACCAAGAAGGUUAAAAAUGCAUCAAAGAUGGCUAAGAAGAAGAGAAGUACUCCAUAUCUUCAAAAGAUAAAGUCUCUACAACCUCAGAACACUUCAAGCCCUGAUUCGAUCAAGAAGAUAUUAGGUGAUGCUGGAGAAUUACGAAAGGAAGCUGUUCAAACUAUCAAAUAUGAGCAGAAUAAUGAAUAUUAUGCAUAUAAGAAGCUAACACUGAACAAAAGUGCAUCUCUCAUAAAUUCGAAAAAGACAAAGAUGAGUAGAAGAAAGGGGAGAAAGCAAUCAGUGGAGAAUAUUCAGCCUCAGACGAAGUUUAUCAAAGCUAACCUAACCAGACUUAACAACGUCAGGAAUCCUUAUAAUAUACAAGAGCGAUAUCAUACAUACAAUGCCAUAAGCCACUCGGGGCACAAUAUCACAGAUGAAAAUCCUAACAAUGAAUCUUUAGCUGCGGUUCAGUAUACCCCUAAUGCUAAAUUUUUACAAAGAGAUCUUUCUCCUGAACAGUUGCAGCAAAGUAUGAUUGGGAACAUUAAUACAACCCUAAUUUCGAAGAAUGUAACCCAGGCCUCAAUUGAGAUCAUACAAGAGGAUUCUAGGGAAAUGGCACCGGAAAAUGUGCCCUGAGAUUUUGAAGAAGGACAGAAAAACUCUAUUAUCAAAAAUAGAAAAUUCUGUGCUAAAUUUAUCAAAAGAACAGAGCCUAAGCUAGAUUCAACUCUGAUAGACAUGAAGUCAAAUAUUUCUACUGAGAAACUUUUUAAAUAAAGUUUAUCAUGAAAGAAAUAAAAUGCUAGAUGAGAUCAGUUAUGAUGAAAUCGUAGUCGAAGAUGCAAAAACUGUAGAAGUAUCAUCCGAAACUAAGAGUAAUAAAAUACAAAAGGAUUAUGAAACCUUAUCUCAGAUCCAAGAGAAGGUAUCUCGAAGGUUAUCUGAUUACAGUUUCAGUCAAGGGUCUAGCAUAGAUCUUGACGAAUCUAAAGGUCGGACUAAAGGAUGUGUCCGUCUUAAUGAUAUUGUUCCAAAUGCUCUCCCUUUUCAGCCUCAGAGGCCUCGGAUAAAAUGAAUAAGGGCUGGUCCUCCUUACACAAUCAAGAGAACCCUGAGGCUUAUCAAGCGUAAGGCUGUAUCACCUCGGAAUGCUUACCAGCCUGGGUGGAAGUAGAGCUUCAGAUGUUCUAAGAAAUUUAGGCUCGAGGAGAUUCUAUAAAAUUCAG